AUGGGAAAUAUCCUCUCUUCCCAUUCUCCAUCCCCGCUAUCUGAUGCCAAUCCCUCUUUCCACUAUCUUGUUCCCCACACUGCAUACAAGGUUUUCAUUAAUCACCGCGGAAAAGAUACAAAGCAAUCUCUUGUAAGUUCCGUAUAUCAUAAUCUUGAUAAUAGAGGAGUCAAAGUGUUUCUGGAUAAAAUGUGUCUGCGACCGGGACAAUACAUACCCCAAGCUCUGAUUUGCGCAAUACGCAGUGCUUCAGUUCAUGUUGUAAUCUUAUCUCCGAACUAUGCUGAAUCUGAGUGGUGUUUGGAUGAGCUACUUCUGAUCUGUAGAACGGGGGCCCCAAUUGUUCCCGUGUUUUGGGAGAUUCGACCCUCUGACGUGCGAAUGGAGAACAAGAAUGGAGUGUAUGCAAAAGCUUUCCGAAAGCACAACAAGGUUGGAAAAUUCGAUAGUCGAACGCUUGAGAAAUGGAAAGAAGCUCUGCGCUGGGUCUCACUCCUGCAGGGCUUUAUUAGUGAAGGUGAGCAAGGAGAGAUGGUGGAGAAAAUCACAGCGUGUGUGGCACGAUACAAUGAAAUGGCUUCAAGGCAAACUAUUUGA